UGAUGUGAAAAAAAACAUAAUUACAAAGUAGCUGCAAGCAAAUCAUUUCAACUUAUCAUCGUCCAAAAAAUGAACGUUGUGGUUUUCGCUUCACUUGUCGGUUCCGCUCGGGCAUGGAGCACUCAUCCUCGAAUUGGGUCGACUCCUCCAAGUCUCGCCAUGAUUGCACGACGCUCCUCUGGCCGAGGUCUGGAAACACUACUUCGCGCGGAGAUUCUGGACGUAGAUUUUGAAAGAGUAGAUAGAUCGGACAAACGUAUCCCUUCCAAAGUAGAAAUGAUACCUCAAUUAAUUGACCAAAAGGAUGGGCAACCAAGAUCAUUAUUGGAACUUGCGGCAGAAUCUGAGCCGGACCAAGAGUUGCAGAAUACGCCGAUUCCAUUUCUUGACGGGGAAAAUUACAUUGACACCAAGUUAGCAUUUAUGGCGGAACUAGACGGAAUCAAGUAUGCAAUUGCAAUGCCAUUUGAUUACCCUGUCGCGAUGACGCUCGAAAAGAAAGACGGGUCGGUGGAUUAUCUUGCCGCAGACCUCGAGGAGAAUGAUGAGCUUUUGGAAAUUAUGGCGGCUCAGGUGAAAGAACAUCUGGGGGAAAACUUGCAGUUGAAACGUACGCCACGAAUCUUGACAAUCUCUGGCCCGCUGGAUGACUAUACAAAAAACUGGAAGACAGAGAUUUUGCCGAGGCCUGUAAGCACAAACGAGCUGUUGGACGAAACAGACGACGACCUGGAUUUUUUCCAUAAUUUUAUGAAAGAGGAAUUAGGCGAAGAGGAAUACCAAAAAACGUUAGAUGAAAACUGCAACGAUAUAAACGAAGAACUUUUGGCGCUGUUCGAAAUACCAGGGCUGGGCUCCAAUGAGGACGAUGAGGCAGGAAUUGAGGACCUUCUCAAAUCAAUGUUGGAAUCCCCUUCAGAUCAGGAAAAAGACAUGGAGGCAAUGCUUGCCAAAGACACAAAUCACGCUGGAGUUGCAUUGAAAUUGAUAAGUUACGUUUUCCCUGACGGAAAAUCGUAUUCCCUUGUCCAAUUAUUGAAACCGUACGCACUGAUAGGCAAAGUUAUUUCAGGUGCUGAUGAUAUCCGUUUUGAACUUCUCUCGCCUGAAGAAGAGAAAAUACUGGUUCCACGACUGGAACAGGUUUGCAGAGAUGACCUUGAAAAGGUUGGUAUGGUAUUGCAAUGA